AUGAAACCUCAAACAAGGGCUGUUAAUGUGCUAGAGAAGACCUCUGAAUAUUUAAGAGCGGGUCUUGUGGACAAACAACCGGCAUGGUACAACGUUGUUGGUCAAACUCCACCAAUCAAAAAUUUCAUUCGUCAACCAAGAUUUGAACAUCCAAUUAAAGAGAAAGUUGUUACUCCACCAAAGAAGGGAGAUAUCAAUUUCAAUGGGAGAAAAACAAAACUAUAUAAGACAAGUCAUCAUGAGCAAAAAAGAGAUGUAUAUAAUAUACCAAAGUUGAAAUUCGUGGAGGAUCAACUAAGACAAUUAUUCUAUGAACAACAUCCAUGGGAAUUAGCUAGACCAAGAAUCUUAUUAGAAAAUACAGGUGAAGAUAUCAAAAAUCAAGAUUGGUCUUCAAUUAUUCAAAUAAAUAAACCAUUAGAUGGUGAAAGUGUGGUACAAAGAACACUAUACCUAUUAAAUAACACUAAAGGUUUAGAUUUCAAAAAAGCAUAUGAUACAGCUAGACAUGAAUAUUAUAGAGUUAGAAUACAAUUACAAAUUGAAGAACAAGUGGCUAAAGAACAAAAUGAAAUGUUUGGUGCUGGUUAUGACCUCAGUCUAUUCGAAUCUGGUGUUGAAAAAGAACAAGCUGUUAUUGAUAAAUGGAAACAAGAUGCAGUUGAAGGUACUCAACUUAUGGAAGCUAAGAACGUCAGUCCACAAGCAGCUUGGAGUGGUGAAUCAACCACCGAAGGUAAACCAACAACUACCACCACCAAAAAUUGA